AUGGAUGCAGUAGGAAGAGAAUUUGCUCUAAAAGAUGAUAAUUUGAAAAUUACAAAUACCAAAUGUUAUUGUGCCAACUAUCUUAGAGACUGCCCUUAUUUUGCUACUAAGUAUUCAUUUGAGCAAAUACAACUCAUUCUCAAUUCUGCUACACUUUCAUCACCAAACAAACAGAUAAUAAUAUCUUAUACAGAUGAAGAAGAUAAAGAUGAAAAUGAUUCAACUUCUGAAAUAAUAUCUUCUAAUUCAUUAGCUUCUAGUAAUACUUUAAAAAAACAAACUACAUUAUCCAAAUAUGUUAGUCGUUCACUUACUGCUUCAGAAAUUCAUAAAUUUGAACGUCUUGUACUUCAAGCAACUGUUUCAGCUAGAUUUGCAUUUUGUAAUCAUAUAUUAACAAGUAUAACUGAUAAAGUUCAAGUAACAAUUAAGGAUCUUGCUUGUAAAGAUAAGAUUGGUAUCAUAAUUGCUUUUGAUAGUUG